CUUUCGUGGGUCGUCGAGGAGCCAAGUCAGCUUUACGGGCGGUGUGUCGUUACGGUGUUUGGCGUCGCGCCUGCUGCGGCUAUCGGAAUUUUGUUAUAUCGAACGGCGCGUUCUCGCCGUGGUGAAUGUGUGUGCGUGAGGAGAGUCGCAGAGAACCGUCAUAAUAAUUAUACACACUUUUUUGUUGGCUUGCUGCGGAUCCUAUUUUUUCGCGAUUUCUCGCGCUAGAAUCGGGGUGAAAUUUCGGGAUAUUGCGCGAAAGUGAAGUGGAUCUAUUUUGUGCAAGUGACAUUUCCCUCGAUACAUUGUGCACCGCCGCGAGUGAGUGGGGAGGGCAAAAAUUGUGUGGAAAAUUUCUGUGUUCGCGUCGACGAAGACCAGGGGACAGGGAAGUGAGUAAAAAUAAAAUAUCUUAGCUCAACUCAACUCGGCGCUGCCAGCAAUCAAAGUAGUUUUUGACGUUUGAUAACACACAGCAGUAGUAGUCUGUGCUGCGGUUCGGUGUCGGUCCCGGGGCCAAACAUAGUGGGCCUUGCGAAUGCGAUAAUGAUAAGCAAGACGGGGCAGGAUAUUGUCGCUUCGCUCGAAAGUUGUUGAGUGGUGAUAAAAAAAAAUCAACAAGACGCGACCGUCGACGUCGGCCUAAUUGAGAUUUCCUCUCUCGGCUUUCCAGCGCAAUUAUCGGGGCAAUUUUGUAAUAAAUAGCGAAAACCAGCUCAGUUGGCGUUCGAUUUGGUGCGUUUUAAGUGUGUGAAGGAAAAGUUUGGCUUGAUUCGAGGUGGAGAGCAGAUUUGUGGUGAAUUCGUCUACGAGGGGCUAGUCAAAAUAGCUACGGGGAUAGUUUGCCAGAAACGCACGCAAUUUUAGUUUUUUUUGUGAAACCACGAAAAGAAGAGUGUGGUGAGUGUGGGUGACACAACAUCCGUGGACUUCCCCAGCUCGCACUUCAUCAACACGCGAAACAUACCAACAUUGCACGAUCCUCAACCGACGUCAAUCUGUUGAUAAGAUUCACUGCCAGCUGAGCUAAAGUUUGAUCCCGAUUCCGGAACAAAAAAAAAAGUUGCUCGCGGCCACCGUACGGAACCAUCACCGGAUCCGGAACGCUCCCCUCCAGCGUAGGGCAACCGAUGCGCCCUCGAAGGGCCCCCCCGCCGCAAGCCGUCAUCUGUUGGUGAUUUGAUCACCAUUCCGGAUUGACUAUACAGAGUUUAAGGCGAGCAGUCCUUUCUAUGCCGACCACGAGUUCGAUCAACACUAGAAGUAGUGCCAGAGGCAGUUGUAGAGGAGAGAUCAAAUCACGCAACACGAUGACGUAAAUGGGACAGAAUUGCUACCAGAUUGGACCACUUUUACACACGGAGAGAGAGAGAUAAAUUCGUCAAAAGCAGCACAAAUCUACCAAAACACUAAAAUACUAACCAAAAUCGACUGAAAGGAAAAAUCGAGCAAAUCGGCGCUCAAGCUUUGUAUGAAACAGCUCGUGGACAUUCCGAAGCUUAAGCUGGCCACCAGAAUGCUGACCCGGAGGAACUGGCUGCUGCGGUGCAGCAUCCUGAUCAACGUGGCCGUCCUGCUGUACCUCUGCAGCCAUCUGCUGAUUGGCGGGGGGAACUUUGCCCUCGGCCCGGCCUACAUCAUCUCGGAGGAGGGCAUGAUGAAGGCGGAUGCGAGGACCGCCGGCCAGGGUCAGCUCCAGUACCGGACGCACAUUCCGGCCCACCUGGCCCAGCAGUUGCGGCAGCAGGAGCAGGAACAGCAGGAGCAGGAGCAGAUGAUGCUGCAGCAGCAGGCACAGUCUCAGCAGCAAGGACACGGGAGUUUAGUAUUAAAAAUUCAGGAAAAUGGGAUCAGUGUCCAGGAGGUGGCGCCCCAGCAGCCGGGUCAGAGUCCGGACCAGCUGACCGAGGGUGGUGCCGGAGUGGGCGAGGGAGCCGGAAGGGGACACGAUGUAGAUAACACUAAUAAUAACAAUAAUAAUAAUAACAACAACGUAGAUGAUAGUCGAUUCGAUGUGCCAACAAACGAACCAAGCCAGAAUGGUCCCAACGGGUCAAACAAUAACAACUACAACAACAUCAACAAUCGAGGGGGCACCGAGGUGCUGUACCAGGAUGGUGGAAAUGGCCAGGGUGUCAACGGUGGCGGCGUCGGCGGAGCUGGACUCCUGAACGUCAGUGACAUCUUUUCCACCACGGCGUCGAUCGAUUUCGACGUGAAGCUGAGGUCCAUCCUGAACUGUCACGACCGCGACUACGAGCCGUACAUCGGCCAGCGCGGUGACUUUUGGGUGCUGAAAAACUACGUCCGGGCCGAGCACGGCGAGCUGCGGUGCCACGAGGCGAUCACCUACACCACGCACGCCGACUACACCUUCCUGGACAAUCUGAUCCCGCUGCUGGAGAGGUGGAACGCCCCGGUCAGCUUAGCGAUGCACGCGCCCGGCACCGACUUCCAGCCCACCGUCAACGCGAUCAAGUAUCUGCGGGACUGCCUGGCGGAGAGUCACCUCGUGCGGCAGUUUGUCACGUUUCAUAUUUAUUUUAGUAGUAAACAUAUUCCAAAAAACGUUCCUAAGUACGAGAAAGUAUUAGAACCCCCCUACAACUGUUCGCUGCCGGCGCCGUACUUUAACGUGUCGAGCUCGCAGCUGUACAAGACGGCCAAGAAGCUGCUGUACCCGGUCAACGUCGGCCGGAACAUUGCCCGGGACGCGGCGAUGACGCACUUCAUCCUAGCUAGUGAUAUCGAAUUGUACCCGAAUCCGGGCCUAGUGCAUAAGUUCUUAGAGAUGAUAGCUAGAAACGAGCCGGUGCUACAGCGGAAGAACCCAAGGGUCUUUCCGCUGUCGAUCUUCGAGGUGGACAGCACGUCGCCGGUGCCGCGGGACAAAACCGAACUGCAGGAGCUGCUGCGGAACGGGAAGGCCAUCUCGUUCCACAAACGGGUCUGCUCCAGCUGCCACGGCGUGCCCAAGUCGAAGGAGUGGAUCGCGGCGAAUGAAACCGAUGAUCUGGGCGUGUUCCACAUCGGAAAGCGGGUGGGGUACUUUGUCCACUGGGAACCCAUCUACAUCGGAACGCAUGCCGAUCCGCACUACGACGAGCGGUUAAGUUGGGAGGGCAAAAGUGAUAAAAUGACGCAGGGCUACGCCCUCUGCGUCCUCGACUACGAUUUCCACAUCCUGGACAACGGGUUCCUGGUGCACAAGCCGGGCAUCAAGGUGCUUAAGAAGGACCCGAAGCGGGCGAUGCUCGCGGCCAAGACGAACCAGUUGAUCAAGAAGAUCAUCUACCCGGAGCUGCAGGUCAUGUACGGCUCGCGGAAGGGCUGCGCCGUAUAGUUGAAGGGGAAACAACCGGCGGUCCACUAGUAUAAGGAGCAGCAGCCUCAGCAGCCAAAACGAUCCGGAUCCGGUUCCGGAAAUGGCCACGGUGGCAGCAGCAGCGAUGGUGGUGGUGGUGGUGCAGGUGGUGGUUUCAGCCGGUCGGACGGAUCUGCGCAGGUCACGGCCGGGGUCGGCAACUUUCUGGUCACGUUCCGGGAGCGGCCGCGGCCGCACGUGGCCGGACGGCGCAGAAAGGGCAAACGGAAGGGGUACGUCCGCCGGCGGAAGUAAGUCUUGUUUAUUUUUUAAGUGAGAGCAGCAGCAGGUAAGAUCGAGUCUAGUUUUGUAUUAGGAUUUUUUUUUCGAUUCGGGUAUGAAUGAACGGGAUUCGAGAAUGCAACGAGAAAGAAAGAGAGUAAGAGCGAGAGUUUUUAGACGUCUAAGCAGAAAAGUGAUAUAAACUACUGUCUUAACUAUACUCUUAGGGUUAGGGAUGUAAGAAGCGAAAAGCCGGAGGUGGACAAACUAUAGGCCAUUUUCUAUAGUGAUGAUUUGGGGAAAAAAGAAGUUUGACACAUUUCAACACACGAGAAUAAAAAAAAACUAUUUGAAAAUCAGAGCUGAAACAAGGAAAAUAACCUGCAAGAAACAAAAAACAAAUUGCGGGAUAUUUUUUAAAUCACUUUUACACGAAAAAAAGCAAAUAAAAACAACCAUACGACUUGAAGGCAUGGAACACUCACCAAAACGCGCAACACUUGUAAAAAACAACUAGAAAUAUACCCAUUCUCAAUCACAGACAAAAAAAAAAAGAACAAAGCAGCAGCAAUAGACGGAAGUUUGAACCAAUAGCGUUACCAUAACUUAGACAUUUUUACUGUUUCAAUGGAAGUAGCAUAAAGUUGAGCACGAAAAUCCAGAAAAAAAACCAACUCUCUAAAGAGUUUCUACGUCAUUAAGCAAAACUCUUUCCUCUCUGCCUUUUCAAUAGAUUCGAUACGUGCAUUUAGUUCAGUGCAGCAUCACAGUAGGCCUAACCACCUCUCUUUUCCGCGAUGAUAUUUUCACAUUAACCAGCUCACGAAGAAGGGUAACCUCACAUUUUCUACACGUGAGCAAUUCUCCACCUCAAUCGGAUAUUUUGUGACAUUGGUUCACCCAUACAAGGCUUAGAACAAUUUUGACAGCUGUUCAUACAAAAAUGGUACAUAAAUAUUCGAAAUCUGUUUCUUUUGAUGGAAUUUUCUGAUCGGUUUGGUGUCUUCGACAAAGUUUUAGGUAUUGAUGAGGACUAUUUAGAAAAUUGCACACGAUAUUUUUUGGCCGAUUUUUUAAAUUAUUAUUUUUUUAACAGAAACCAUUUUCUAAAAUCGGUAUUUUAUUUAUUUUUUUGUUUAAGGGACAAAUUCCGCAAUUUUUGAGCCAUAGAAAAGUAUGGGCAACCAUUUUGCCGCCAAGUUAUGUUUUAUUUUAAAUUUUGCAUGAACAAAUUUCUUGUCUCUUAGGCUAUUUUAUUUGUAAUUUUGAGAUUAUUUCGAAUAAAAAAAAUAUUUUUAGGAAAUUCAGGAAUCAUGGACAUUAUUUUUAAAUUCCAAAACUCAAAUUUUUCGGUUGAAUUUGAUUUUACAUUAAAAACUGAAAUUAAAGAAAACGAUUUUUUCCAUUUUUUCCAAAAACAUUUUUUAUCAAAAUAUCAUUACUCGUUAGCAACAUUUUUACCCAUACUUUUAUAUGGCUCAUAAGUUGCGGUGUACCCCUUAUCAAAAAUCAAAAACAUAAAAAAUACAGAUUUUGUAAAAUUACAUUAAAACAAAAAUUUAAAAAUGUGAUUUUUCCCUUUUUCCAUUUUUUUUUAUGGAUUUUAACCUAUGGCUCAUAAGUUUCGGUUUUCUGUCCAUUAUCAAAAAUAAAAAAUAAGUAUUUUGGGAAAUUACAUAAAAAAUAAUUUAAAAUGUGAUUUUUUCCCGUUUUCCAUUCGUUAUCAAUAUCAACAUCUUUUCCGAAGUCACCAAGCCGAUCAGAAAAUUCCUUUUUCGAGUAUUCAGAUUUUCGAGUAUUUACGCACUCUCUUUUUAUGGACAGCUGACAAAAUUGAAUUAAAUAGGUUUGGGUUUGACAACAUUUGAGCGAUUUCGGAUAAACGUGUACCCUCAGCAAACGUCACAAAAGGCCAACUAACCGUUUUGAAUUUCGUAAAACUGUAUCUUUUGUUAAAUUUUAGCAAAGUUUUAAGAAUUUUCGUGAAAAAACACUCAACCAUAAUAUCGAUUUAUCUUGGCAGUGUUCCCAGAUUUUUAAUUUUAUAAGGGCCAAAUUCUUGCUCACUACAGAGUUUUAGGAAAAGCUUUUUUGUUGAAUUUCCAGAAAAAUAUCUUUUUUUACAAUUUUCCGGCUGAUUUCGCCGUAUUUUUCUUGUACAAACUCAUUUCUUAUGCUGAACUUUGCAGAAUUCUGCAGGAAACAUAUCAGUAGAGUUUUUUUUUAGAAAGGUCUGACAAACAAAAUUUUCAAUUUUUGCUAUUCGGGUGAUUUGAAUUUGCCUUGAGUCAGGAGUAUUCAAAAACAUCUAAAUAGCAAAAAAAUAUGUUUACUGGAUUAUUACAAAAAAAACUCAAAUUGCCGAAGUAAGUUUUUUUUCUGUAGUUUAAUAACAUUAUCUAUUUUCGGCAUUAUACUGCUGAAGUUUGCCUUAGAAAUCUGAGUGUGAACAAAAAAAUACUGUGAAAUUUGUCUGAGAAAUUGUAAAAUUUUCUCAUUUCUGAAAAUCUUUAUUUUGAAUCUGCUUUUCGUGAUAACUACUUUUUGCAGCCGUUUUACCUUUUGUAAUCCAUAUACUUUGUUCAACAGGUUGGAUUGCUUGAAAAUUCUGUUUGUUAAAUCCUAAUCCUAAUCCGGUUGCUGUGAUCAAAUUUCAGAAUUUAGCAGUUCUGGAUCAAAUUUUGCUUGACUUUUUUUUCAUCAAAAUCUUUUAAAAUACCGUACUAGAAUACACAUAAAAACACAGAUCUUCCUCUUCCACCUGUCCAACUAUAUUUCAUUUUCCAACUAAGAAAAACAACCUUAUUUCUCGUUUCAACUAUAAGAUGAGUGCCUUAUUGUAUUGGAAAAAAUGAACAAACAAAUAAAAAAAACCAACAACACACAACCAUGAAACAAAAAAAACACACACACACAAAAAGUAAGCUGUGUAUAAAACUACUCGUAGACUACAACCCCAUUUUUGUGUAGAUAUUAGGUGACACUAGAAACAAAAGAAACACCCAUUUUUAUCAUCUUGGUCGUCUGUCAUAAAAGCAUAAACAAAACAAAAAAUCACACAAAAAACACUCACAAUUGAGAAGGAGUUUUAAUCGAUUCUUCGUUUUUUGAAAUUAAUCAAAUCAAAUCUAACGUUGCGUUGCGUUCCAAAAUCCACGAAAUUAAAUGAUCUUAUUCCUCCAAGACUCUAAAAAAAUCAGUAACAUUUCAGUUAGAGAAUUAUCCUAGGUAAAACAAGCCACGUAGCGAGGCGAAACAUGUGCUCAUUUAAACAAACAAAACAAAAAUAAACUGUAAAUUUAUCGCUAGUAGUUUUAAAUUUGUAUAUUAUUUCCUCCUCAAGUAGGCGAACCAUCCCAAAAAAUGGUAUAACGAGCAAUUUAUUAAAGCAUAGUUUUUUUUUCACACAACUUUUUCCUACCAAUAGCGUUUUAAACAAAACAAAAAUGGUACCAAUAGACUCAGCCUAUUGAUUACGAUUAGCGAAGCAAACAAGAGAGAAAUAAAAAAAAAAUACGGUGUUGUAUCUAAUACAAACAGUUAGCACGAACGAAUUAAAUUUGCCACUAGAAAGUUGCCGAGGCAUACUUUUUUCUUGUUUUUAAAACAUAGAAACUUAGUUUUAGCUAGCGUUUAGCGGUGUUCAGUUGCGAAGCAAAAGCAAACAAACUGGCAACACUGCGUGUAUAGAUCUUACUUUUACAUAGAGAAAGAUGGAGGUGAAGCACAUUUUACAACACAUACCAAUACAGAAACACACACAGUCAAACCACAUCACACAAAAGAGGCAAAAAUUUAAACUAAAGAAAACAAAACAACAGAAAAUUUCAUAUCCGUGCGUGACAGCGCGAACGCAAAAAAAAAACAAACGCAAACAAACAAAAAGUUAUCCAAUAUGUUUACGACAGAUAGCAAACACAAGCAAACAAACAAACAAAAACUUAGGCAUGACUUAUUUAUUACCCGUUUUUUAACCUAGUGCGAGUAGUGCGGAAACUCAAAUCAAAGAAUCAAAUAAAGAACAAAACAAAGCUAGCCACUUCACCACACCGGAAAUAUGUCUCACUCUUUCUCACACAAGUACACUCAAACACGACACGAACAAAAGUCAUUUUAAAGAAAAGCAUCACACACAUUUAUUCACGCGCAUUAUACAAAGAAAGAGUAAAGUUACGGUAAGUGAGGUAAAAGUGAAACAAAAAAGUGAGAAUGCAGUUUUGGAGAUGUGUGAGAAGGAAAGGAAAAAAAGGUAAAGAAACAAACUAUUGUGAACGAGCGAACAAACAGAAACAAUUGAUACACAAACACACACAAGCGCCCAACUCUUUUUAGUGAGCGAAGUAAGACAAGAAAAAACCUACAAGCCGAACAAAAUAAAUGUAUUCAAAAUA